UACUACCAUUCCCCCACAAGCUUUGGUGUCUUAUGAGGUUAAGGUGAGUUUUGUGAGGAAAGAAAGACAUUAAAUGUGCUUGUUGCAAAGAACUUCAACAGUAGGUCCUUUGCUCACUUGUGCGCAGGGGAUUUCAAGGACUUAACGGGGAGUAGCAAAUGCCUAUAGUAGAUAUAGUUAGUGUCAAUCGUCUGCUUAUGGACUAGGGACACCAUGUGCGCAGCACUGCCUAUGUUAGGAACCUGAAGAAGACAAAGAUGCAUGUUCGUUCUUCUUUUGUGAAAACAACUCAUUCAACCUGACUGAAUCUUGGAAGGAUUCGGCCCUUGCACUUCAUAUAGUAAGCCUGCUCCAUUGCGUGUCAAGCAGAACAACAACUCCUUGAACAACUGUCCAUCUUCUUACUUGGUUGCAUUUCACUUAAAAAGAGAGAAAGUGUGCCAAAAGGCUCGAAUGCAUUUGUCAAUGGAUACCCUGGGAAUAGUGGACGAUAGUUGCCUAGACAACUAUGACAUGGCCAAAGGUGCCGGGUCGAGUGGUGGAGGCAGGGUCCACAGUAUUGAUGUCAUACUGGGAUUCAGCAAAGACCAGGACCCAUUACUUCAUUCAGUAGGAGAAGAUGACAGCCAAAAAACAAACAUGGAAAAUCCACAGCAUCCUGAGAAGCAUCACCCGUCUGACCCAUAUGGGCAUCUUCCAGAACUAGGUGACAGCUCCCAACACUCCUCCUACCAUGAUUCAGAUCUCUUCUCGAGUGACAAGUGUGAUGAUGAAAUUGGCGACCUUCAAAAAGAAGUGGAUGUUCCGGAGGGGUCUCCAGAGACUCUCAAAGAUGAGGAGCACACUAAAAAGAAACACAGAAGAAACCGAACCACCUUCACCACCUAUCAGCUUCAUGAGCUAGAGCGAGCCUUUGAGAAGUCCCACUACCCAGAUGUCUACAGCCGUGAGGAGUUGGCCAUGAAGGUCAAUUUGCCUGAGGUUCGAGUUCAGGUGUGGUUCCAAAACCGAAGGGCCAAGUGGAGACGUCAAGAAAAAAUGGACACCAGUACCAUGAAGCUACAUGAUUCCCCCAUGCUAUCAUUCAAUCGUCCUCCGAUGCCACCUAACGUGGGGCCAGUGUCAAACCCUAUGCCACUUGAUCCAUGGCUGACCUCGCCUAUCUCCAGUGCCACACAAAUGCAUACUAUCCCAGGGUUCAUGGGUUCACCACAGGGCCUGCAGCCCGCCUAUUCAAGCCACAGCUUCCUAAACACUCCACCUGGAAUGGUUCAAGGUAUGCAGCCAAUCGGUCCUCCUCCCUACCAGUGCCCACCGAGCUUCAACGAUAAAUACCCUAUGGAGGACGACAGGAGUUCUAGCAUCGCAGCACUAAGGAUGAAAGCCAAAGAGCACAUUCAGUCCAUGGAUAAAACCUGGCAGCAUAUGUGAGUGGAUGACACUGUGUGGAAUGAAUUUUCAAGCUGCUCCAGUGAAUGUUUACAAAAUGCUGUUCCACUGUUUGUUUAAUGUUCAAAGGGGGGGUGGGGUCAUGACACCAAAGGAGUCAGAUUGUUUAUCAUGACCCCAAAAAACAACUCUGGAUAUGAACUUCUUGUGAGUUUUUUUAAAUUUUGAAUUCACUUUAAAAUGAUAGCAAUUUGUUCUAACAAUUUCCCCCCGUAAAUCUUUCUUUGGUUCAUCUCAAAACGUUUCAGAAAAUACUUUUGUGUAUUGAGUGGGAGAAAGUCUUCAUUAUGAAUGUUUUAACACUUUUGUGACAACAAUUAUUUUGUAUAUUUGUGGUAAAAAAAAAGCAAAAUCUGUCAAAUUGCAAUUCAGUGUACCAGAGGCCUAUUUGAGCCAUGUGGCCAGGGUAGCAAUGUUCUUGGACUGAUUUUUGGUGAAAAAACAACAACUUAUAAAGGUUUACAUUGUUAUUAAGGAAUGAUCUUUAUGAGGAAAAAUAUAUUUUGUAAAAAAUAAAAAAAAUAAAAAAUAAAGUAAUAUUCAGUUAAACUGUGUCUACAUGGGUUUCAGAUUUAUCUGCUAUCUUAAAGUAAUAAUAUCAUCAUGAGGGCAAAUUAACUCUGAGCUGUGCUUUAUGAGCAUUUACUGGUAUUAUUAAAGCUCCUUUGAGGAACUAUGGAUUUAUGUUAAUUUUGGCAGCAGCUGUAGACAUAGGGGUUAUUUCUUAUCGUGUUGCUAAUUUUUCUUGUGCAUUGUGUAGGUAGGGUUGAUGACAAACAAUCUCAUCCUGCUUCUUUUACAUGUCAAAUGUAAAUCAUUCUUUGGGAAUCUUUGCAGUGGAAUUUUUUUAAA